CACUAAUUAGAGUCUAAACCGUGCUUUGAACGGUUGAACCACUGAUCUCAAAGCUAGCCAGGGGCAACGGCCAGGGGUGCGUGGUGCGUAGCAAGUUACAUCAACAUCGACAACCUGCAGGCAAAGUUGGGCAAGGCUGCAAGGCGGCAAGGCGAGCGGUGGUUUCAGUUGUGGAUAUCCGUUCGUUCAGCCAUUUCGCCCUGUGAUACAGCUGUUCAGCCACCAUAGGCCCAUAGAAUCAUUGUUUAGCAGUCGUUCCAGUCGUUCCAACCACUCCAGCUUAGUGUUCAGCGACCACAGUACAAUGUUCGGCGGCUACCCCAGUCGCACUAGUUGAGCAAGUUCAGUGUUCGAUUAUUCAGUCUCUGAGCGUUUGGAACGUUUCGAUUCGUUCAGCUGAAGCAGCACGUGGCAGGCUUGCUGCAGGACAAGACGGUGCAAGUAUGAGUGCAGACAGCGAAGGCAUUCGCCACGUCCGGAGCAUACGAAAGAUGCUCCACAUCCAGAAAGAUGAAGCCUGUGCCCAGAUCAAACGGGAAGUUGCUGACUUGCAGCAGAAACUCUUGGAACAACUUGACACUGCCGUCUGGAUAAAGGAAGUCGAGUUGAAGAAGUUGGAAGAAGAGGUCCACUCUUGUAGCAUUCCUCUGAAUCCCCUGCAUUUCUUCCGCUCUACUGCGGUGAGGUCACUGCUUAGUCUAGAUUGCCUCAGAGUGCGCGACUUUGAGUGUGCCUCUUUUGCCUACAUCAACGCUUGCGAAGCGAAGCCAGAUCAGUUGCAUUUUGUCGACGAUUACAGCGCUCGCGUGAGCAAGACUGGUGACAUGGUCAGGGUUUACUACGUCUGUAGUCUGGACUACGACCCGAUACUGUUCAGGUUCCUCACUGUUCUUGUCAAGGACACCGCCAACAACACUGUUAGCAGCAAGAACUGGGAAGCAGGGAAUGGCCGCUACAUGGUGGAAUUUAGGGCAUGUGGAGAAGGUUCCUACCUUGUGUACGUGAAGCUGUACGGUCAGAACAUCUGCGGAAGCCCCGUUGUCAUCGAUAUCCAAGAUGAGGAUUCCGCGUUGCUGCCCGAGCUCUCGCAGUCUUGCUUGCAAGUAUCCUUGCCCAUACUUUCGCAGCCUCGCAAAGAAGUAGCCAUGGCUGAACCCACUCAGUCUCGACAAGAGGUGGCCUUGCCCGAGCGCUCUCAGUCUCGUGUGGAAGUAUCUUUUCCAGAGACUCCACACGACCAGGAUGAGGCUCUCGUUCAACCGCAACACUUUUAUGACGCUGGGCUCGCAAUGAUUCAGCAACCAGAGGCGGAAGAAGUAAUAGGCAGUACUUGCAGCUGGCCAACACAGGUGACAGCAAUGGACCAAGUAACACUGCCAGAAGCACGAGAAGCCAGCAAUUUGGAAGUGGCUACAGAUGGGCAAUCUGUCAGAAGCACCAACCCUUCUGAACCGACUUUGAUGUCUGCACCGACCUGCGACAAGGAGUUCUUUGGUCAGUCUGCUCUCUCUUUCUCAAGAGAAACAAUUCGGUCAGUUCCGGAUGGAGCUGCACAGGAAGAGAAAGGGAUCACAAGUCCAGUCAUUGAGAGCCAGAGAAAGAAGUCUUUCACAAGGUUUUCAGGCACUGUCAGUGCAGACCUCAUUCUGGAAUUCAAGACUUGCAACAAAAAUGACUACCUCAGCUUCCCGAUCGGUGUCUCUGCCACUGCCGAAGGCAACAUCAUUGUGGGCGACACCGGGAAUGACAGAGUCGUCGUAUUUGAUGCCGAAGGAAGAGCCCUGUGCAAGGCAACACUGCCUGGAACCGUACACUUCAAGCGCCCCUCGGCGAUUGUCUCCCUGGACGACGGCAGCUUUGCAGUAAAGGAUGACAGGUGCAUCUACUUGUUCUCCAAAGCUGGGGAGUACAUCCGGACCUUGGGCAAAAACAGCUUGGUGCGACCCUUCGGCCUGGCCGCUCACGGAGCAAAUGAGCUGAUGACUCUGUCCCUCGACUCGCCCGCCAAGCUGUGGUGCUUCAGCGCAACAGGCGACUCCGAGGCCUUCGCAGUCUACUCUCCACUCAACCCCAUUGCUCCGGCCGGCUCCAAGUGCAGGUUCCUUGAGGUUCACGAAGACUCUGUGUUUGUGGCAGAUCUCGGGCUGAGCCACGUGUACAAGACUGACACAAAGGGUGAGGGGACCAACAUAUUUGGCAAGAAGGGAAAAGAACCAGGCGCUUUCUGCGAGCCCUCCGGAAUCUCUGCAUCUGACAAGGGCCUCUUCAUAGGAGACAGCAAGAACAACCGUAUUCAGGUGUUUGACUUCGAUGGAAACUUCAUGAGCGUGUUGAAGCUGUCUUCGCGCAUCAUCCGACCCUCGGGAAUCCACGUCUCUGCUGCCAACAAGCUCUACGUCCUCAAUUUCUUGCGUGGCGUUGUUGGAGUUUACAAUCUCGUAUUUGAGGGGACUGAGACAUGAUGCACUGCAUGGAAUACUCAGCCUGUACAGGAAGGUUUCGUCUUUUUUUUUUUUUCUUAAUCUACCUCUGUUUGUUGAAUAGUUCCACCAAGUUCUAUUUUGGGCUGCUUACAUGUGGCAUUGUACAAUUGUCUCAGCCAAAGAACAGGUUGUGAUAAGCCUAAACCUGUACAGUUGUGAUCCAUAUUAAUGUCAAUGCAUGAUAUCGGGCUGCUCUGGACUGGCAUCGCCAUGAAGCGGUAACCGUGGUGGCUCUCACACUCCAUUGCUCUAGCACGGCGAGGAGUGUGAUACAGCCUGCAAGCUGCCAUGGCCAUCACUCCUCACUCCAUGGAGCUGCCAGUAUGGGGCAGCCUAUAAAGUGCUGCUCCGUGGACCGCGCCAUACUCCGAAUGUCUCUUAAUUAUUUAUUUUGAGCAUUCCGUGGCAUUUUCUGUGAUAUUUUGUACAUGUACGCUUUUCCAAGCUUGAUGGAAUGUGAGAUGUUAUUUGUGUCAAAUAAAAUGGGCUUUGACCAGUA